CCCACCAGCACCUGCACCGCCGGAGCAUGCCGGUGGACGACCGGGACCUGCAGGCGUCCGUCCCGCCCGCCGCCCUGGGCGAGUUCUCCCCGCUGGUCCGCUGCACCUCGUACAACCCGGAGCGCGAGAGCUGGGCGUCCGACUCCUCCGACUCGGUCACCUCCUCGGGCAGCGAUUCCGACAGCCACCUCUACAAGGUGAUGCUGCUGGGCGAGCACGGCGUGGGCAAGACCAGCCUGGCCCGGAUCUUCGGCGGCGUGGAGGACUGCCCCGACGUGGAGGAGGCAGGGAAUACGUAUAACAGAUCAAUUAUCGUUGAUGGAGAAGAAGCUUCUCUCAUAGUGUUUGAUAUAUGGGAGCAGGAUGAUGGCCAGUGGCUACAGAAUCACUGUAUGAAAAUGGGAGAUGCCUACAUUAUUGUAUACUCUGUCACAGACAAAGUUAGUUUUGAAAAGGCCUCAGAACUGCGAAUUCAGCUAAGAAGAGCAAGACAAACAGAAGAUAUUCCCAUCAUUCUUGUAGGGAAUAAAAGUGACCUUGUCCGAUCCAGAGAAGUCUCGGUAGAUGAGGGACGGGCCUGUGCUGUGGUGUUUGACUGCAAAUUCAUUGAGACAUCAGCUGCUCUUCAUCAUAAUGUGAAGGAUCUGUUUGAAGGUAUCGUUCGACAAAUCAGACUUCGCAAAGACAGUAAGGAAGACAAUGCCAGGCGAAUGGCCAAUGCAAAAAGAAGAGAAAGCAUAAGCAAAAAGGCAAAGCGAUUCCUUGGGAGAAUUGUAGCAAAGAACAACAAGAAGAUGGCUUUCAAGGCAAAGUCAAAGUCUUGCCAUGAUUUAUCUGUGCUUUAGAAUCCUUCACCAAGGCCAGAUGCUGCACAUUGCUUGUGAAUAAGCAUUUGACUUCAGUGGACAAACUUACAUGGUGAUAAAAAUGACUUUUGGAACUCUCCUUAAUGCCUUAAGGUUCUUAAGCAAGACCUGGAAGUUGCAUUAUGAUGUUUGCUUCAUUGGUAAAUGGUUUAAGCAUCAGUGUGCAAGUAAAUGAACUAAUUUUAAAUAAGUGGCUUUGUAUGCCCACGUCUUCACUGUGUAUGUAUUGUUACAUGUUCUCCUGUCCUAUGGAUAGAGCUGAAAAGGAGAGAGUGUGAAAUCACCAUAAACUUGUCUCCUUUGCAGGGCAAAACUUGAAAACAUUUGUACGCAGGCUCGUACACUUUUUAGUAUGAAUAAGCAAUGAUAUUUUUAAAUUUAAAGGGGGGUUGUUCAAACUGCAUUAGAAUGGGAAAUAGCAAAAUAUAUAUAGUUAGAUACAGAAUAAAUACAAUUUUAUGAAGUUAAUUUGCACUUCUAUUAACUGUUACUGAAUUAGUUAGUUGUUUAC